AUGUCCAAAGCAAUCUACAUUUCCCCAAUCGACGGCAAGCCCGGCAAGCCAGGCCAAGUUUACUACCCACUCUCAUUGCGGACCGUGCCCAAGCCAUCCCCGCAAGGGGGUGAACUGCUAGUCAAAUUGACCGCCGCGUCAUUGAACCACCGCGACCUUUUCCUCCGCCAACACCUGUACCCAGGCGUAACCUUCGACGUGCCCCUUCUCGCCGACGGAGUGGGUAUCGUUAUCGGCGCUGGACCGAAUGUACCUAGCCCAGAGCAAUGGCAAGGCAAGCGGGUGAUUCUCAACCCCGGUGUUGGCUGGAAAGAUUCACCUGAUGGGCCUGAGGAGGCCACUGGGUACCGCAUUAUGGGUGGUACGAAGGUUUAUGACAAGGGCACCUUGCAGGAAUAUCUUGCCAUUGAGUAUUCGGAAGUCGAGGAGGCGCCGGCGCAUCUCUCCGAUGCUGAGGCUGCUGCGUUGCCUUUGACUGGGUUGACUGGUUGGAGGGCUUUGAUUUCCAAAGCUGGGGAGAGGAACUCUGGAGACGGGGCCGCUGUUCUGAUCACCGGGAUUGGAGGUGGUGUUGCGUUGAUGGCGCUUCGGUUUGCGGUUGCGAGGGGAGCACAUGUCUUUGUGACGAGUUCGAGCCAAGAGAAGAUUCAGAAGGCUGUUGAGUUGGGUGCGACCGGUGGUGUUAGUUAUAAGGAGGAGGGUUGGGAGAAGAAGCUGCUUGGUAUGCUUCCAGACGGAAAGAAGAACUUUGAUGCGAUCAUUGAUGGUGCCGGCGGUGAUUCGGUUGAGAAGUCUGUCAAGUUGCUCAAGGCUGGCGGUGUCCUUUCAAUCUACGGGAUGACAGUUUCUCCCAAGAUGCCGUUCACAAUGGCCGCUGUCCUCAAGAACAUUGACGUUCGUGGUUCUACAAUGGGCUCUCGCAAGGAGUUUAAGGAUAUGAUUGAGUUUGUCAAUACCAAGAAGAUUCACCCUGUGGUGUCACGGGUGCUGCAGACUGACUUGGAAGAUUUGUCUGCUAUCGACGGGCUGUUCGAGGACAUGAAGCAAGGUACACAGUUUGGUAAACUGGUGAUUGACUUCAGCAAGUCUACUGGCAGCAAGCUGUGA